AAUGUCACUUCACAUGUCAAUCGACUAAAAAUAAUGCUGAAUUUACAUGUGUAGGAUUAUAAAUAACGCAUUAUUUAUAAAUAAAAUAACUUUUAUAAUAUAAUACUAACGACUUUGUUUCUUAUUGUCAUUUAAUGCUGACAAAUUAAGAAAACUUAACUGAAACAGUUUACUACAUUGAUACUGUUACUCAAUCAAAACAUUUUAACACUUACCGCUUCAUUUAUUUACAUUGUGAACAAUUGCUUGAAAGAUAAUUUUAUAGCGAUUGAUAAUAUUAACAAUUAAAUUUCAGUUUUUAUUUUCACCCCGUAGUUUUUCACAUUUGUAAGAAUUUCUUCCUUUAUCCCAAAAAACAUGUCGAUGCCACAUAGCAGCUCUAGUACUACGAGUUCGAGCACUAAACGCAAAGAAAUAUACAAAUACCAGGCACCAUGGCCGUUGUACUCCAUGAAUUGGUCGGUCCGCCCAGAUAAGAGGUUCCGCCUCGCACUUGGCAGUUUUGUAGAAGAAUACAACAAUAAGGUACAAAUAAUAUCUCUAGAUGAAGAGACAAGUGAGUUUAGUGCUAAAAGCACAUUUGACCAUCCUUACCCGACCACGAAAAUAAUGUGGAUUCCAGACAGUAAAGGUGUCUAUCCAGAUCUGCUGGCAACUAGUGGUGACUAUCUGCGCAUAUGGCGAGCAGGCGAACCUUACACCCUAUUUGAAUGUGUACUGAACAACAACAAAAACUCUGACUUCUGCGCUCCACUCACAUCCUUCGAUUGGAAUGAAGUAGAUCCAAACUUGAUUGGUACGAGCAGUAUCGACACCACUUGCACUAUAUGGGGUCUAGAGACGGGACAGGUAUUGGGAAGGGUGAACGAAGUUUCUGGACAUGUGAAGACACAGCUUAUUGCCCAUGAUAAGGAGGUGUACGACAUAGCCUUCAGUCGCGCGGGAGGCGGACGGGACAUGUUCGCGUCGGUGGGAGCAGACGGCUCCGUGCGCAUGUUCGACCUGCGACACCUGGAGCAUUCCACUAUCAUAUAUGAGGACCCCGCGCACACGCCGCUGCUGCGGCUGGCGUGGAACAAGCAGGACCCCAACUACCUGGCCACCAUCGCCAUGGACGCGUGCGAGGUCAUCAUCCUGGACGUGCGCGUGCCCUGCACGCCCGUCGCGCGGCUCAACAACCACCGCGCCUGCGUCAACGGCAUCGCCUGGGCGCCGCACAGCUCGUGCCACAUCUGCACGGCCGGGGACGACCACCAGGCGCUCAUCUGGGACAUCCAGCAGAUGCCCCGCGCCAUCGAGGACCCCAUCCUGGCGUACACGGCGGCCGAGGGGGAGGUCAACCAGAUCCAGUGGGGGGCCACGCAGCCCGACUGGAUCGCUAUCUGCUACAACCGGCACACCGAGAUACUGCGCGUCUAACUGCGUACCUGUACCGCCCCACUGUACUCGAGCCAGUUUUUACCCACCCACGAUCUUUAUUUUAUUUCGGUUCACCGCUGGUAUUUUACCUAAGCAUGACAUAAUUCUGUCCAUUGGUGCGACGUUAAGUUUUCCUAAACAUCCUCUAGAAUUUAUUUAUUUAUUUUGUUUGUUCUUUUCGUUAUUAGUCUUCCACUUGCUUUUCUCUAGGGUAACUGGGUUUAUUAUAGUAUAGUUUUAAAAAGGCAGACGACAGGAGCACAAUUAAAAAAAAAAAUCUUUAAUGAUAUAAAGGCCACAAUAAUUAAGGUAAGUUAUAUAAAAAUCGCUUAAAGUCAAUAGAAUCUCGAACACAAUGGAAGUAUUUUGGUACUCAGUAAUACCAUGAAAAUGGUGGAAUUUAAUUACUUAAAGAUACUCCAGGACGAUAAAUAAAAUGAAAAUUAAUUAAAUGCUUUAAAAUAAUCUACUCUAUAAUAAAGCAGGUUUAGAAUGAGUUUUGUUUAAUGCUAAAGCCGGAUUUGAGUUAAUAGUAUAAUAGACAGAAUCAUUAAUAAUAAUAAUGUUGUGAACAAUCACUGUUUAUUUACUAAAAGUGUUUAUUUCUAAGUUGUGCAUAAAUAAUAUUAUAACUUGAUAGGAAAGAAUAAUAAGUUAAAUAAAAUAUAUGACUAAUUGACCUAAAUUCAAUUAAUUUUUUACGUACUCCUGUUAUUGAAUUGAUCGUCAUUUAACAUUCUUUUUCUUUAAUAAAUUAUUUUUUUUUAAUUGAUUAAUAUUAAUUUGCAGUUGGGUAAAAAUUGGGUAUGAUGCAAAAUAUAUUUUAAGACUGAAAAUAAUGAUUGACUUGUUGAAAUAAAUCUUGCAUUUCAUAUUUAUGUAUGCUAUGAUAUUAUGUACAUUAUUUAUAUAUAAAGAUUAUUAACCUUAUAAUCUUGGUGUGCUGCACGAUAGCUACGCUGGGCAUUCGCCAAUCGUCAUGUACACUUUCCUAGUGUGGGGGUACUUGUCGCCAAAUGUUGGCACUAUUUUUUCAACGCGUUCUCAGCUCUAAGUCUUUAUAUAUAAAUAAUGGAAGCAUUUAUGUUUAUUAAACCAUUAUUACGUAUAUGUAGGUAGUGUAUGUCAACUUCGCAUUUAGACAAUAUACCUAAUCAAUAAUUAAUUAACCAAAAAACAUAUUUAACAGCGCCACGAACUUGUCUGAUCCGGUGGCCGAAAAUAGAACUAAUUUAAAAUUAUCUUGCUUUAUUUUGUUUGUAUUUUGAAUAUAUAUCUUGUCGCUAUUUAUAUUUAUGAUUAUAUGAUUUGCGUAAUCCAUAUCCAAUCCAUCGUAUUUAUAUAUUCAAAGAAUAAUAAAUAAUUGCUUUAAAUAUGAAGUAGCAACCCUGAACAAAAGCAGGGACGCUCACACGGAGCCAGUUAAGUUUGUUGGCCUUUAAAAAAUAAAUCAUUAUAUAUCAAUAAGAUAUAUUUUCUUUCAAAGUUUACUGAAAAAUAUUUCCAAAAAUUUGUUUUAUAGGAUUGUUGUAUAAUUAUGUGUAUCUUUGUCACAAGCAGUGUGUAGCUAAUUAAUGCAAUAUUUAGUGAUACAUAAUGAAAUAUACUAUACAUACAUAGAUUAAUAAAUACUAUUAGGGGAGUCAAAUCAAGAUCGGUUUAUAAUAUUAUAGUUUUCCUAUGUUGUACUUGACAUUUUUUUUCAGUUAAGAUCAAUAAGCUUCGUUACAGCGAUAAAUAUUAAUUUGUAAAAACAAAUGCUAGUAUAUUUCGAUUUGGACACACAAAGUGAGUGUUGACCAUCCUUUUCAUACUGAGUUCUUUCAUAGAAUUUCCAUUUUCUUGAGUCUCAAUACUCGGCUAUAGACCCAUCAGCUACAUAAUAAAAAAGUUCUGACAAUCGGCCAAUUUGACUCGCUAGUUGUAUUUAUUUUGCUAUGGUAAUAUUUAGAGCUAAGGGUAUUGCCGUAACAGUUACCACAAUUAUGAAAUUUCAUAUACUAUAUUUUAAAAUGUUACUGAUAUAUAAACAUCUGUGUUCAUAAAGUGAAAAAAAAAUGUUUAAUAGCUAUGUAAUCAAAAAUUUUAAACAUUUAAUGUGGUAAAAUUUACUUUUGAUUGUUUUCGAUUGUAAAAUGUAAUUCAUCUUCUGGUAAAACAAUUGGUGAUGCUAAUUUAAGUAUUUGCUAAUUGGCGCUGUGAUCUCAAAAUUUGCUGAACUAAUUUGAAUUAUUAAAAAGAAAAAUUAGCAAAAGAAAUUAUUUAAGGCAUUAGAAUAAGGACUAGAUUAAUUUUAUUAAUUUAUAUACAAAAUUAGUAUAUAAGGUUUUCUUACACGAUUAAAUAGUUACAGUACA